GAGACAAUGGGCUUCCCAGAUUCCCUGAGUAACGAGAUCUUAACGUUGACUAUUUUCUUCUUUUCAAGCUUCUUCAAGCUUUCCAGCCUGCUAGAGGGAUUGACCAAUUCCCGCCAGAAUUACCUUGCGGAUAUAGAAUAUUAAGGACGUAUGUGGCUUCCAGCAGUCAACGAAGUAGCGUUUCAGAUCGGAGGUUGCGGUACGUUCAGUCUAGGUGAAUGCCUCGAAUUGUCAGUUAGAAGUACUAUCUGCUUUCUGUCAGGUGUCACUAGGUACGGUAUUUUGGCGUCUAAGGAGACCAGCGGAGUCCGUGUUCUACCACAACACCAUCUGUUUCUCUGUUCUUCUCCGGGAGAAACUCCCGCGCCUCCAUCCACCUCCUGCUACAGAAACCUCAACCUACCGAAGCCUCACACUCCAAGAUCAAGGCCAGUCAAGAAAUUAGACGCCGCUAUGCAGCUGUGGACAGCGCAAGUCAUGUGUUUGAUCUUUGGAAUGCUCUUUGGUGGUUUGGCUUUCGCCGCGGUACAUCACUUCAUCAUCAGGCAAAACCGUUUGAGAGGACUACACUUUCUGCAUUGAUUCACUCCCACUCCCAAGAUUUUCGCAAGCUUCCUGCAGGGCAUUGAGAGGGCAAGGGCUUCUUCAAUGGGGCAGUUUCAGCGGGGCCGAAGUUGCAUCACACCCCACUUGCUCUUCUGAGGAUUUGACGACAGGUUGCCCCGCCAUGGGUAU